GCAGUGCAUUCUGUGCAACUCACAGCUUGAGACAGCCACUAAACAGGAUCUACUCUAUUCAGAUACACCUUCCGCAACUGUAACCAUGGUUCUGGAGGACUCUGAGGACAGCACUUUUGAAAUUUACAUCACUGAGGAUGAUGUGGAGACUUUGUUUGGUAAGGUGCACUGCACCAUGAAGGGUGUCCCGAGGGGCAACCGGCCUACCAUCCUGACGCUCCAUGACAUUGGACUGAACCAUAAGAGCUGUUUUGAGUCACUCUUUAAUCAAAAAGACAUGCAUGAGAUCAUGCAACACUUUGCUGUGUGCCAUGUUGACGCCCCGGGACAGCAGGAGGGUGCCAGCACACUCUCCACAGAGUAUACCUACCCUUCGAUGGAUCAGCUCUCAGAGGCCAUCCCUAUGGUCCUUGAGCACUUUGGUCUGAAGAGUGUGAUUGGAAUGGCUGUGGGUGCUGGAGCCAACAUCCUUGCCCGCUUUGCCCUAAAACACCCAGACAUGGUUGAAGGUCUUGUUCUGAUUAAUAUGAGUGCUCAGGCAGAGGGUUUUAUGGACUGGGCAGCACAAAAGAUUACAGGCUGGACUCACGCUCUCCCUGAUUCUGUAAUAUUACACCUGUUUGGAAAGGAGGAGACACAUAAUCAUGAACUGAUCUCAACCUUCCGUCAUCUCAUUACAAACAAUGUAAACCAGUCCAACCUGCAGCAGUUUGUCAAGUCCUACAAAAGCCGACGGGAUCUGGAGAUCGAGAGACCGGUUCAAGGAGGAAACGUUAAUGUACAAACACUCCAGUGUCCAGUAUUGCUGAUAGUGGGUGAUAGUUCUCCAGCAGUAGAUGCUGUGGUUGACAGCAACUCCAGAAUGAAUCCAAAUACAACCACCUUUCUCAAGAUGGCAGACUGUGGCGGCCUGCCUCAGAUUGAUCAGCCUGAAAAACUAAUAGAAGCUUUCAAAUAUUUUAUCCAGGGGAUGGGCUACAUGCCCUCUGUCAGUAUGACCCGUCUGGCUCGAUCUCGUACGGCCAGUAGCUCAUCCCUCAACCGCAACCGCAGCGGUACAACAAACACGACGUACGAGCAGCGUGGACGUUCCCACACUGACGUCUCCAUGGAGAGCGCCACAAACACAGAGCACAGUUCCUCCGAUCCCAUACUUUCCCCCGAGCUGACCUGCUGAACGCCUCUGCAGGCGGUUUAAAAUUGGACCUAAAAUGACAGAAUUUGAACCUGAAAGCUGAUGCUCCUGUGAUUUGAUCAUAGUGUUUAUCACAAGGGAUAGGCCUAUUAGAAUAGAUAGCCUUCACUGCAAACAAAUAUUGUAGCCUACUUAAUAGACCAGGCACUUUGUUUUAAACAUCUAAACCAUUUGUAAACUACCAUUUUAUUACUUGUAAUGUACAAUUUGUAAUAUUUUAUAAUGAUAUAAUAUAAAUAAGCUUAUAUGUGAUGUGUACAGUAGGCUAGCUGUACAAAUUGUGUGUGCGGGGUGUGUGUGUGUGUGUGUUUGUGUUGGAGGGUUUUCUGGUAAGGCUGAAUGUUUGGAGGAUUUUUUUAUACUUUAUAAUUUCUUAUUACAUAUAAAUUCUAUACUUGCAAUUGAUAACAGUAAUGUCAAAUACACUUGACAGUAGAGAGAAUGACCACAGGUAGUCUACAAAAUAUUUGAUAUAAUUUCCGAAUUAUUUCAGGUGGUAGGUGGCUAUUGUAAAAUCUUUCAAUGUUGGUAAAAUAACUUUGUAUUUAACAAAUAAAAUUAAAAUAUAACAGUAAA